ACCUGAGAGAAGAUGUCGGCAAGUAAGCAGUAAGACUGACCAGAGGAGUGAGACAGGCAAAAAGUGCACAGGGGAACAAGUAAAAUGAAAGGGGACGCUGGUUAUUUCAGUAGAGAAUGGUUAUUCACACCCUAUAACAAUCCUCGAAGAAGAUGUGAGGUGAAAUUCAAGGAGGCACACAGAUCCACCCGAGGAAUCAUCGAGAGAGCAUUUGGAUUGUUAAAAAUGCGCUUUCAUUGUCUUGACCACUCAGGUGGUGUCAUGCAGUAUGCUCCCGAGAAGGUUGCAAAAAUUAUUCUUGUAUGCUGCAUUCUCCAUAACAUUGCAAUAAGAAGAGGAAUUGAAAUUGAUGAUGAAGAAGAAAUAUCAUUUGAGAACUUCCCUGAGGUCAUCUGUAAUGAUGCACCAACAAGACAGGCUAUUAAUGCCAAAAAUUAUGUCGCAGAGAACUAUUUUAAGGAUUGAUUUCAUCAAAAGA